GGCCGGUUCGGCUCCGGGACCGAGAAAGAAAACCGGAAACAAGAGUGACCGCCACUGACCGCCCCGGACAGCGGGAGUGACCGCUCCGGACAGCGGCCGGAAGAACUUGUUGUCCAGGCUGCGGUGAGAGAUGAGGUAACUGGUACACCAGAAGAACUUACAAUCGAGAGGAAGGAGGCUUUGGAAUGGCUAUCUUUACUUAAAAUAGACCUGAACAAUGACAGACGGGAUCAUGGGAAAGGCGGCCACAAUGGAAAUUGCCAUAAACAGUAAUGGGGACACGGCUGGUUUACCAGAGGAUGAUAGUUUGGAGCAGGAUCUUCAGCAAGUGAUGGUUUCAGGCCCGAAUCUAAAUGAAACUAGUAUUGUGUCAGGUGGCUACGGAGGAACAGCAGAAGCGAUAAUCGCCACAGGUACAAUCAAAGGCAAGCUAGAGGAAGUCCAGCUCCCAUGGAAGGACAGGGCCAUAGGCAGCAGUCAGGAAGGAAAGUCUGUGUUCAAUCUGGUGCCGAAAGUCAGGAUUUAUAAACCUAGAUCCAGUAACAUUCACCAGUCCCAGAGUGGCCCAGUAAUGAGCGGUGAGGAACCUACCCGUGGGAUUGCUGGGGAGAAGUUCGACAUUGUGAAAAAGUGGGGAAUCAACACCUACAAGUGCACAAAGCAGUUGAUCUCGGAGAGAUUCGGCCGAGGGUCCCGGACAGUGGACCUCGAGUUGGAAGCACAAAUUGAACUCCUGCGGGACACAAAGAGGAAAUAUGAGAAUGUACUGCGUCUUGCUCGUGCCCUCACCAAUCAUUUCUACAACAUGGUGCAGACACAACGGGCCCUGGGCGAGUCUUUCUCUGAUCUCAGCCAGAAAUCACCAGAACUCCAGGAAGAGUUUGGAUACAAUGCUGACACUCAGAAGCUGCUGUGUAAGAAUGGGGAGACGUUACUUGGAGCCAUCAACUUCUUCGUAUCCAGCAUCAAUACUCUCGUCAAUAAGACCAUGGAGGACACACUCCUCACCAUCAAACUGUUUGAGAAUGCCAGAUUGGAAUACGAUGCAUAUCGCACAGACCUUGAGGAGCUGAAUCUGGGACCCCGUGAUUCUAUCACACUGCCGAAGAUUGAUUUGGCACAGCAGCUGUAUCUGUUACAUAAGGAGAAGUACGAGAGAUUACGCAGUGAUGUCACUAUCAAGCUGAAAUUCCUGGAGGAGAACAAGGUGAAAGUGAUGCACAAGCAGUUGCUGUUGUUCCACAAUGCUAUCUCAGCAUACUUCGCAGGGAACCAGCAGCAGCUGGAGCAAACACUCAAACAGUUUAACGUGAAGAUGAAGGUGUCUGGCUCUGAAAAACCAUCCUGGCUCGAGGAACAGUGACAACAAAUGGAUUUGGAAUGGAACCUUGAAGAGGGGCAGAGUCAAGAGCAAUGAGGAAGCUGCAUUAAACACAAAAAACCCAAAAAAUAUCAUUUGAAGUCCGUGUGUUCCAAACAAACUCUCAGACGUGUUAGAAUUUUAGGGGAAUUUCCUGGUUGCUUAAAGUCGAAUCAUUUUCCGAUUUCUUGGCUUCAUAUUCUUAUACAAAUCAAACACUAAGGUACGAUGGGACUGCUUGUGUCAGAGCUCGGAGCGCACUCUUAGUUUGUAUAUAUUCCUUCUGUGGACCACACAGGCUGUAUGGGUACCCGGGGGUCACCCUUCUUGGAACUCCCCCCACCCCCACCCCAGGAUCCCAACAGCUUUGAGCUCUGGUCCUGUGGGGCUGCUCUGGUUAAAAGGGAACAGGCUGUUUUAAAGGGGACCUUGUUUUUAAUUUGCACCUUUCACAGGGGUUUUGGUGGUGGUCGGGGUGGAGGGUUCUGGAGACAUGCUGGUGAUUCUGGUACCGAUUGGUGGGUGGGUGGAUGGAUGGAUGGAUGGAUGGGACCCUGGACCAGACAUCUUCACCAAGAUAGGCUCCGCACACCCCCAGCUGCUGCGGUGAGCUAGGGGGGAGGGGAGGGGAGGGGAGCCCAGCAAGGACAAAGGUUGUCCCUUGGGUUUACCCUGUUUAUCUGAAUAUGGGAGCAAGGGAACAUUCCAGACCCAGAGUAUUUAUUAAACCUUUUGAGUUUGUGGAGGAGAGGAGUUUAACUAUUGUAUGAUGUCAGUGAGGAGCUGUUAGACCACCCACAGUGUUUCCACGUUGAGGGGAAUCGCCAGUAUUGGAAAUGUUUGCAGAGUGUGAGUUCUGUGGUGUAUUAAAGACUAUAUCUUCUUUAACUCUG